CACGGGGCCGUCCCGCCCCGGUACCGGCACAGGGCGCGGGGCCGCGCAGAGCAGAGCCGAGCCAUGGCCGGGUGCGGACGGACGCUGCUCGGGGCUGCUGCCCGGUGUCCAGGUCCCCACCGGUCCCUGUGCCCGCAGCCGGCGCAGCCAGCACGGCCGCUCCUCAGCCUGGUGGGCUCCGGUCCCACCGGGUACAGGGAGCAGCGCAUCCUGGGGUAUUCGGCGAAGCAGAUGUAGCUGGUGGCCAACGUCGGGGACUACCGGCUCUUCGUGCCGUGGUGCCGCCGCUCGGCCGUGCUGUCCCGCCGCGGCCACGUGCUGCGGGCCGAGCUCGAGGUCGGCUUCCCGCCCCUCCACGAGCGGUACCUCUCCGAGGUGGCCCUGGGGCCCCGGCAGAUCCGGGCGGUGAGCAGCGACUGCCGGCUCUUCAGGCACCUGGAGACGCUGUGGCGCUUCGGGCCAGGGCUGCCGGGACGGACGGACACCUGCUCGCUGGAUUUCUCGGUCUCCUUUGAGUUCCGCUCGGCGCUGCACUCCCGGCUGGCCGGGCUCUUCCUGGACGAGGUGGCGAAGCAGAUGGUGGCCGCCUUCGAGGGCCGGGCGCGGGAGCUCUUCGGGCCACAGGCUGCCGCCCGCCCCGCGCAGCGAGCAGCGUGCCGGGCCUGAGCUCGGCCGGACCCCGCCGUCAGCCCCGCUGAGGGCCUCCCCCUAUUUAUGGCUAUUUAACCACCCCAGAGAUAAGUUAUUUUUUCUAAGCCCCGCUUCUGUUGAACGCUGUCGACACGAGGACCAAACGCCCGUGGGCCAGGCCUGUACGCGGACCGUGCGGACGCUGCUUGUAGUGCUUCGCCAAUAAAACGUGGUGCACGGA